GCCAGCCGCGCUCCGUUGUGGACCGCUCACCGUUCACUCCGGAGGACCGACCGAGUCCCUGCGCCGACUUCGUUUGCGGGUCCAAACCAAAGGCGGUUCGAGUCCGGUGAUGUAAUGCUCUGCGUCUGAGUCCACACUCUUCCUCGCGCCAGAAUAUGGGACUCCUCAAACUCUGAAGUGCCAAAGCUGUAAGAGGCCGUGCUGCUGCGACCGCGCCGCCUUACCGCCUCCCUGCCUCGCCACCGGGUGGACGGCGUCUGCAUCUUCUGCCCACAGCUGGAGGACAGGCAGAAGACCCGAACCAUAACGAGAAGAGAGGGGGAAAGGAGAUAGGCGAGGGAUGAUGGAGUCCAUAUCAUCGGACCAAUCGCCGACGGUAGAUGACCUGGUGGAGUCCUGCGUCCAAGCCUUCGACGAGAAGGGCACUCUGAAGGACGCCUCCCUAGUGCGCAUGUUCCUCAUGAUGCACCCUUGGUACAUCCCUUCAACCAACAUGGCUAAGAAGCUAGUGCUCAAAUCGCAGGAAGAGAACUGCACGGUCGAGCUCAGAACAAAAAUCUGUCACCUGGUCAAGUACUGGAUAACAGAGUUCCCGGCAGAGUUCACUCUUAACCCAGAGCUGGCAGAGCAGAUCAAGGACCUCAAAGACCUCCUGACCACUGAGGGCAAUGAGAACCAGAGUCAUCUUAUUGACAUUGACAGUGUGCCAUCGUACAAGUGGAAGCGGCAGGUGACUCAGCGGGUGCCGUCCGUGUCAAAGAAAAGGAAAAUGUCUCUGCUGUUUGAUCACCUGGACUCCUGUGAGCUGGCUGAACACCUCACCUACCUGGAGUACAAAUCCUUCUGUAAGAUUCUGUUUCAGGACUACCACAGUUUCGUGAUGCACGGCUGCACUGUGGACAACCCCAUCCUGGAGCGCUUCAUCACCCUCUUCAACAGCGUGUCCCAGUGGAUCCAGCUUAUGGUGCUCAGCAAGCCCACCGCCCCGCAGAGGGCCGCCGUCGUCUCCCACUUCAUUAGGGUGGCGCAGAAGCUGCUGCAGCUGCAGAACUUCAACACACUCAUGGCGGUGGUGGGCGGCCUCAGCAACAGCUCCAUCUCUCGUCUCAAAGACACACAGACCCACAUCAGCGCAGAGACCAACAAGGUAUUCAAUGAACUCGUAGAGCUGGUGACGUCAUGUGGAAACUACAGCCACUACCGCAAGCGCUUUUCUGAGUGCUCCAGCUUCCGGUUUCCCAUCCUGGGCGUGCACCUGAAAGACCUGAUAGCGGUGCACGUGGCGCUGCCGGACUGGGCCGACAAAGAGAAGACGCGGGUCAACCUCGCAAAGACCCAGCAGCUGUACGGCAUCCUCCAGGAGCUGGCCCUGAUCCAGGCCACGUCACCCAACAUCGACGCCAACACCGACCUGGUCAACCUGCUCACGGUGUCUUUAGACCAGUACCACACAGAGGAGGAGAUCUACCAGAUGUCUUUACAGAGAGAACCUCGUAGCGUCAAACCAGUGAAUUCCAGCCCUGCCCCAGCGCCAGAGCCCAAGCCCAAUAUGAUUGAUGAGUGGGCGGUGUCGGUGAAGCCCAACGCUGAUCCGACGAUCAUCAAGAAGCACAUCGAGAAGAUGGUGGAGUCAGUCUUCAAGAACUUUGACACCGACGGGGACGGCCACAUCUCCAGGGAUGAGUUUGAAGCCAUCAGGAACAACUUCCCUUACCUCAGCAAGUUCGGAGAACUGGACAAGAACCAGGACGGUAAGAUCAGCAGAGAGGAGAUGAUAGACUACUUCAUGAUGGCCAGUUCUCUGCUCAACUGCAAAAUGGGCUUCAUCCACACCUUCACCGAGGCCACGUACGUCAAGCCCACGUUCUGCGAGCACUGCGCCGGCUUUAUAUGGGGCUUUUACAAGCAAGGCUACAAGUGCAAAGCGUGCGGGGUGAACUGCCACAAGGCGUGCCGGGGCCGCCUGGCGGUGGAGUGCCGGAAGCGGACCAAGAGCAUCAGCCACGAGACGCCGCCGGCCCUCCAGUCGCGAUCCUACAGCUUCCCUCCCCCUGCCAACACCCCGCCCAGCCUCCAGAACACAGUAAUCACCGAGGAAGACUUAGAGACAGUGGAGGAAGGAGUGUUUGAUGUCCACCUAUAACCAGAGUUUGCUGUUGGCAUGCAAAAGGCCAAAUCAACAGCUGUUCUGGGCCGGCGGCAGAGAGUACCACAUACAUAUAGGGUUUUGCUAGGUAUAACCCUAAAAACUGAGGAGGAAUUGCACUGAACGCAGCCCCGAUACUCAUCUGCUGCCCCACGGUGGACAAACACUGCUGCCUGCGACGUCGACAAAUCUCCCUCUACUUUCUCAUGUGAAUGUGAUGCCAAACGUGAACUCCAAAGGAAUGUCUUUGUAUGUGAUUUUAUAUGUAAAUCUUUGCAUUUUGCAUACACGUGUUACCUAGAGUGUCGUGUUAAACGUUGCUACUUGGUCACUUGUUGGAGGAAAAAAAAACAAACAAACAAACAAAAAAACAAAAACAUCCACACAAUUGUAUUUUCUGGAGAUUCAGAUUCCAGAAAUUUGAAAUUCCUUCAUGGAUUUUUAGCUUUGGUGCAACUUACUACAGAGUUAUUUACCUGUUUCGGUAAAUGUGAUCGUAGGUCUUCAACAUAUAUGAGGUGCUGGUAUUGCCAAGAAUGUAAACCUGUCCCCUUGUUUUUUCUGAGAAGUUUUUUUUUUUUUUUUUACUUGUGUGUUUAUGUUUUGCUUGUUUUGGAGUAUAUUUCAAUGGAGCAAUUAUAGGACCAACGUUGAUUUCAGAUAUGAAAAAAACAAACCACUCUGCUUUGGAUAUUGUAGUAACUGUCAGAGGUGUAAAAGCAACCGAGCAGUUAAAACGGCGGUGUUAUAAUUAGAACGGGCGUCUUAUUGUCAUGUUUACCUGGAUAUGAGUAACAGUCCUGUGGUUGUUGUUUGCAGUGUGCAGUAUACAGUAUGCAGAAUGCAGUAUACAGUAUGCAGUGUGCAGCAUGUAGUAUGCAGUGUGCAGCAUGUAGUAUGCAGUGUGCAGUAUACAGUAUGCAGUAUGCAGAAUGCAGUGUGCAGCAUGUAGUAUGCAGUGUAAAGUAUGCAGUAUGCAAUGUGCAGUGUGCAGUAUGUAGUAUGCAGUGUGCAGUACUGUCUUGUAGCAUUGCACUGAUAGUUGAGUUAAAUCUACCAUCUCGCUGUACUAUGAAUGUAGCAGAGACAGUCAGACCCACACCAUUUGGAAAGGAGUGUAUGAGCUCGGCUAUGGCGACACUGCACUCACUUGAGGGACCAUAUAAACCUGUGGCGAGCAUAAGAUAAUCAAAAGAGCAACGCCAACACAGGAGGGUGGAGGUUCUGGUGUCAUAGCAACAGAUGAAGACACUGUCCUGAAAAUCUAUUUUGACGCAAGUUGUAUUUUGCUGUUUUGUGUACAUGCUUUUUUCUUUCAUGGGCUCCAUAGGUAUCACUUUAUAAUAAUAAGACUACCCUUCUAAGGAACUUAUGAAUGGUUUAUAAUCAGGCUAUUAAUUUGGGUUGUAAACAUUUAAAACAAAUUAUAAACAGGUUAUAACGGUUUUCAUACGUUGACGCAGGCUCACUAUUUGGCAAGAUCAAGUUACUGCUGCACUUUUUAAUUAGUCUGUUAAACCUCAGCUCUCAUUAGUCGCUUAGCUUACUGCUGAGUAACCAAUGAGAUCGGAGCUUUAACGGUACAGAUGAAUGUGGGGUCACUAUUUGGCAAGGUCAAGUUACUGCUGCACUUUUUAAUUAGUCUGUUAAACCUCAGCUCUCAUUGGUUGCUUAGCUUACUGCUGAGUAACCAAUGAGAUCGGAGCUUUAACGGUACAGAUGAAUGUGGGCUCACUAUUUGGCAAGCGACGGGUCACGGUUGCCCUUUUUCGCUAAUGCGUUAUAAAAGCUUAUUAACGAUUUACAAAGCACUCGUAAACCCUUCAUAAGGGUAUUCUUAUUGAAAAGUGGAACUACACACACACACACACACACCAGUCAAAAGUUUGGACAUCUAAUAUGGCAGGGUCUUUCUUCAAUUUUAGUACUAAAUGAAGCAACUUGUUGGGGGUGGGGAGCAUUCCAAAAGAUAUACUUUGUAAAUUUCGGAUCGUUGUGGGGAAGGAAUUCCGAAAAGGGCGAUGAAGUCAAGAUUUCUGACCGGUCCUGUACAUAAUGCACGCAAGUGGUCGUUACCCCCGGACCCCCGAGGACGCUUAAGACGCCGGACCAGUAUCCGGUAUUCUGCCUCGCUUGUGCUCGUCGAGCGCUCCGUUCAGACUCGGGCUUGCCAUAUUGUGAGCCGCGUCUCCGGCCUUGGACGAGGAGGAGCGGAAGUCGGGUCCUGCUCGACUUAACAGUGUUUCGUUGUUACGCCGUGAGCGACCCUUGCACAGUGCGCCAUGCUGUUCCUUGCUGUCUCACCGAUACCCUCAGUAUUAAAGGCUCUGACGCGUGUGUGUGUGU